AUGGACAAGUCUAGUGGGGGAAAAGGUGGCUGGAUAACUGCAGUGACUGUGGAGGGAGGUACAGUAGCUGCACUGCACUGCAGUACAACGUCAUAACUCAUACACAUUUUGAUGAAUCAUCUGUAAAAAUGUUGUUAUAUGAAUAAUUUAUUAACUGCACUGUUAUUCUGUGUGCUGUCUCUAGAGUUGGUGGUGUGUGUAGAUUCCAAGGGAAACAUGUGGUUCAACCAGCCACCAAACAUCAACUCCUGGAGCAGCACGAAACCUGUAAGAUAUUUUCCUCUGAAACUGAUGUCUUUUUUUCCAAUGAUGAUGAUGAUGAUUUUGAUGGAUAUUCCCUAGGCACACAGUGACAGGAUCAGUGUACUGUGAUUCGCCAACAGCAUGAUCAUCUCGGCGUCCCAUGACAGAACUGUCAAAGUGUGGGACAGAAACAUCAAGUAACAGGUGCAUGAAUUCUAACUCUUCAGUUUCCAUGCACUCAAAUAAUUUUUUUAUCAAGAAUGGAGGAGUAGUCACAGCAAUGCACUGUUUGUGUAUGUAUGUAUGUAUGUAUGUAUGUAUGUAUGUAUGUAUGUUUGUCUGUAUGCUUACACUUUAUCUCUCUACAGGUGUGUGUGUGUGGGUACUGUUGUAGUCUUGGAGGUGAAACCGCACUGCUCCAUUGAACUGGUGUGGGUGAUGCACUGGGCCAGCUCUACUUCCUCUCCUGGAGAGAAAUACCACCCAGUGUACACACAGUCAUUGUAUACACACUGUUCCAUAACAUAUGCAAUCAUAAUUCACUUACUCUCACACAGAUACAGUAUAUCAGUACUACUGUACUUUUAUGCAUAUUCUUUCAUGUAGGUCAAUCAACACUACUCACUAUCUUCUACACACUAUCUGAUAUGGAUACACUUUAUAUCUAAUAACUCUACUUAUAUAUGUGUGUGCCUUAAAAGCCCUAAGAGAAGAACCUCUGAAUGUAAAUCAGCUAUAAUGCAUGUCUUCACGAGUCCACCCGUAUACCCGAGACCCGACCCAGUGGGUCUGGGUCCAAAAUUCGAACUUUUAACUUGGGUCGGGUUCUGUUCUAUGUAACAACAGCCAGGUUGGGUCUCGGGUCUAUGUAACUACAGCUGAUAGACCCGAAUGGACCUGACCACGGCUCUGCAUAGCCUAUAGUAUAUUUACUUUACACUAAUAAGGUGAAUGUAUUGACUUAUAGAAGUCCUAGACAACAUAUAAAGACAUAUUCGCUAACCAGAAGAGCCACUUGUCUGAUAAACAUAUAUAUUUUUUCAAUUAGGUCCAAUCGGGUCUGGUCUAGGACAGGUUGGUUGUAGUCGGGUCCGUUCAGGAUUGGGUUUGAUUGUUCUCGGGUCCAUCGGGGUCCCCCCUUUUUUAAUGAUCAGGUCCGUUCGGGUUCAAAUUUGGAGCAUGUAGCAUGCAAUAGUUACUUGAAAUAUAUAAUGAAAUUAAGUUUACAUGAAACUAGUUUAUCGUCGUUGUUCCCUAACUGUGUGUCAAAUAAGUAUAUUGCUUGUUCUAUCCUUUAAUAAAUACCAUGCCACAUUUUCAGAAUGGUUUUAUUAGGUUGUGUUGAUGAGAAUGGACAUGACAAUAUUUGAUCAUAUAUAAACCAUGAGUGUUUGUGAAUGGUUGAAGAAAGUGGAUUUGUAUUUUACAUUUGACCACAGUGCAUUAUGCAGCUAUAGCCUUUUAUGCAUAAUAACCAUGUGAGCCACGGCAUUGCACUACACUCUCCCUCCCAUACAUGUAGCCAUAUCUAUUGACUAAAAAGAGAUAUGCUUUAUUCAGAUCGUAAAACGUCAUUUUUUUGGUCAAUAGAUAUGGCUACCCUACAGGCAGACUAGAAUACACCCUGGAGAAUAGACACUGGUAUUUGCCUGGAAGUUGCUAAAACUACCACAUUUUCAAGGGCUGUUGCGGUCUCAUAUUUACGGUAAUAAAUGUUUACGUCACGAGUUGAACGGAAGUGUGAUUGCAUUUGCGCACGCAUCUCCCACUUGAAACGUUGUUGCCAUUUAUCAUCAUCUACGAAUUGUUUAUUGCACUUUUUACUAAAACACAGAGAAUACAUAUCUGUAAUUUGGGCUGGACAAGAUGGCAAGCUGCAAUUUUCAGGAGCAGUUGGUAUCCAUUAUGGAGGUAUUAGCUAAAGCAGCUGUAGCAGAAAUAAACAAACGUGUUGAUGAUAGCUGUGCAGUUAUACGUUUGGAAAUGACCCAAAGCCAGCGAGAUAUUGAUGUACUGAAAAGGAAGUGUCAGAUGAUGGAGAGCGAGCUGAAGAAGACACGAGGACGAGUCAGAAGAAAAGGUAGUAGAUGUGUUAUUGAUGAUAAAUCGAUUGCAUAUUGAAAGGCCCAAAUGUGUGAAUAGCCCUAAUAUUUGACCGAAUACAAUUAAUUUCCAGUUUUUUACCCAAUGGCAUCAGAGAGAUCUUCAUAUCCAGUCAAGGUUGUUUUGAACAAGCAGAGCAAUAGCUCACAGUGGAGAGACGGAGAGAUGGCUGUUGGAGAGGACUCUCAACCCCAGGUGUGAUGCAUCACCUUUUACAAUUACAAAGAUCUGAUGUCCUCUUGGAUCAAUUCUGUUAUUGGAAUAUUUACCGUUUUUGUGUGAUUCAUUAGUAUUGCAAUGAAACCAGCAGGGAGUAUGGCUCAAACCCUCAACCUUCUGGCCAGAAGCCCUGCGAGCCAAUCGACUGUGCCACAAAAGCAUACUCCAGUGGCAGAGUCGAGAUUCGCCCUUAUAAACAAGAUCCGCUCUCCUAAAUGCAACAAAAGUCCAACUUUGGGAGGGUCUCUAAAUAAUGCUAAUUUAACCAUUCUCCUAUUUGUUUAAAAUGUAGUGGUAAAUAUGUUUUACAGUGGUAAAUAUUAAAAUAAAAGCUUCCAAAUGAAACAAACAUCCCCACCUUUCUGUCAUGGUUUAAACCAUUUAUUUAUAUGUGGCUGUGCUGUCCACUCAGUAGUGCUAAAUUUCGACCUCAGCUGAGCUCCCUUAUGUAUAGAUUUUCCUUUGUACUUCCUCAUUUUCGCCAUUUGUUUGCCAUGCGUCCUUGAUAAAUAGCCUUUAUUCCAAUGCUUUAGAUUUAUCUGUUGAUUUGUCAUUGUUUGCUUUUGAUAGUCAGCUGUUUAGAGCGCUCAUUGUUUAGUUUUUCAGGUGCGCAUGGGUGUUCUCCGUGCCAUCUGUGGCCAGAAGUAGUAGACCAUUUAUUUAGCUUUAUUUUCUAUCAAUAUUUGUUUUCUUUCCUGGAUCAGCAGAUGAUGGUCGACAAUAUCACUAGACAACAGCUAGACACCAAUGUGCAUCCAAUCCAUCCAACAAGUAGGCUAUACGUUAAUGACAGUAGGCCUAUAAGGUGCCUCUUUUGGUUAUUAGAGGUUAACGUUUGGUUAGAAGCAUUUGAUUUUGCAAUGGCAUAGGCCUACAUUAUUUUGGAGUUGUGUGCCCAUUAGAAAUGUUUUCAUAAAUGUCAUUAAUGUAAACAAAAAAGGUAGUGUUUUAUGUCAAAUGAUCUGUGAAGACUCCAAGCGUUAACUCAUGAAUUAUGGACAACUCAUGAACUAGGGUGUAAAACAUGUUUUGAUUCAACUCAUGACAUGAUUGCCAUUGAUUAGGCCUACAUUAAUUGAUGCGUCCUGCUGACAAAUUUUUGUAGCCUGAAAAGUCAUUGUACCAUAUAUAUAUUUUUUUUACACUCAAUAGAUACCCCCCAAAUGUCAUGGUGUAAUUUACACUCUGGUCGCUACAUUACCAGUUACCAAUGUAAUGACCUUGAUAGAUCAUAAAUGAGAGAACGUUAACAACAGUUCUCGUAUUGAACGGUUUAUUGACCCAGACAUCACACAAGCUACUUUCUGGCUGUAGCCUAUGCCAAGUAAAUUGGAUAAAAUAACAGGUAGCUAUCCAACUUACUUUCUGGACAUGAAAAGGGCCUGCUUAUAAACCAAGGUCACUGCAGUAUGAAAAGGGUUAUAUAUGGUGUGUGUCCAGAGUAAUAACCUCAGUCCCCUGUUACAGCCUACAGAUGUGGAGCAGAGAGCGGAGACUGAACCCAUACUGAUCAAAGAUGAGGAGACAGCAGAGGAUGUGUGGAAGACUGACCCUCAGGAAGAGCUCAGGAUCACUGGAGAGGGUGGGUGCUGACAUAAGGGGUACUGCUCUGUCUGUCUAUGGAAGACUGUUUGGGUGUGGUUGUAUGCACGUUCCAAAUUGCUACAUUGGUGUUGAGUGUUUUAUGUUCUGGGCUGGCAUAUGGAGCGCACGUACACACAAAGUCAGUUCUAAAGCAGUCAUGUUUUGCAACUGUUACGGGUCUUUUGUAAUGUUUCUUUCAUGUUUAUCCCAAAUCUUUAGAGUCUGGUUCCAAGCCUGGGCAACCACCAUCCUUUGAGCAACGGCACUGUGAUGAGGACUUCAUCACACAACCCAACAUAUCUCCUGAAGACUCAGUGGAACAUUAUCCCAAUUAUCAUGGUCCAGAGGAACCAGGCACACCCCGGCUCACGUCUACAGAGAAAUCAAAGGUGUUCAACCCAGAGCAGCACCAGCCAGCCGAGGACGAGGACUCACUAGAGCUAGUGAUGGUGAAGGAUGAGAAAAAGGAGGAGCUGGAUCUGACCACAGCCCUGGCAGGACCUGACCAGUUUGUCAUGGAUGAGACUGAUCGGCAGCUGUGGACCUCUGUGGAUCCAGGCAGAGACACUGACCCUGAUGGCCACCCAGAUUUCUCCUUUCAUGCGAUAGAGGAGUACUCUCAGAAUAAAUCAAUUUUCCCAUCUCAUAGUGGGCUGCCAUCCAUUCCUACUAUGACAGAUGAUGUAGGGCCAUCGCUUCACUCUUCUAUAGGGAAACAUGCUAACAUGUUCAGUGCAGCAGCACACAUGAAAAGACAUGUCAGGACAUUGGCUGAUGAGACUAGACAACAGAUGCCAGACAGACAGAGCAGCGAGAGGCUGAACUCAAAUAAUGACGGAAAUAAUUUAUCUCUACAGUCAAGGCAGCAUCAGUACAGGGCUUCAGAAGCAACAGUGAGAAUGAGUGAGUGCAUGACAGGGUCAAACAUGGCCACCACCUCCACCUUCUCUGGAUACAGCCUGAGUCGCAGUAGUUUUAAACAUGGUGAAGAGAAUGAGGACUCAGUGGAGAUCAGGCGGCACCACCGGAGAAAAACCGUACACCUGCGAACAGUGUGGCAGGAAUUUCACCAAGCAGUACAAUCUGAUCAGACAUGCUGUGGUCCACAGCGGGGAGAAGCCCUAUGAGUGCACACAAUGUGGGAAAUGCUUCACCCAGCGCUCCAGUAUGAAGUCACAUCAGAGAACUCACAUAGGAGAAAGUCCAGUGUCUCAAAAUGUGGUACACACAUACCCUGGGGAUCCACACACAAGUUUAAUGUUGUCUCAGGCCAGAUGGAACAAAUAAAACAUAAUUGCAUAGUUUUUCUGUACCACUUUCUUUGUGAAAAUGUGGUACAGAAGGUAUUUUGAGACAUUUUGACAAGCUUUUCCUCCUAAUUGAUUUGUGAAAUGGUUUUCAUGUUUGACUGUUGACGGCUCCUCACAUUCAUUUUACUAUUUAUUUACAACUGGUAAGAAAAAUAUCAUAAAAACCAUGUAUUUAAAUAAGGAGUCUAUCUGCAUUUUAAGAUAAAGAACACACACUGAGUAACACCUUCCUAAAGUGGAUGAAACAUUAAUAAGGGUCAGUCUAUGUCAGAAAGAAAGAACAGGUAUUCAUAAUGUUUUAUACACUGUAUAUAGGAACCAUUUAGUAUAUGUUGUCUAGUUAGUGUUUGUCUAUCUGGGAUUUCACUUCUUGGCACAAGGGACAGUAUCAUAUCAAAUCAGGUUAAUAACUUAACUCUGCUUAAAAUGUUACGUUAUGUUAACUCAACUAGGCAAUCAAAUAUGUGUUUCAGUGUAUUAGCUCACAUCUUACAUGUAUGUUCAUACAACUUUACAUUUGACAUCUGGAAAUUACACUUUUACUGUACAUUGUCUAAACUGACACUACACUUGUACUGUAUAAAACUGGUAAUCUGAAUCAAAGAUCAUUAGAUACCAUAGAUGGCUAAAUCGAUAAGAUAAAUAAAUAUGAUUGGUAGUUUGAAAGAUUUACUGGUUCAUUGAUUUGCCAGUCAACAGAGGCAGAGAUAACAGGGGAGAUAUACAGAGAGAGAAAAGGAGAGACUCAGGAAGUCAACAGGGGAAGUUUAGUGAUUUCUUGUGUCAUCACUUGCUGAUGCUUGGUAAUGCCGGUGCAGAGUGAAGAUAGGAACAAUCGUAACUCUCUUUCUUACUUUUUCAUAUUAUUGUUUAUACUUCUAAGUAACCCCGAAACUGGAGAGGAGUAAUAGUGACAGUGUGUUAGGUAGGGGUGGGAUGGUAGGGGUCAGGGGUCAGGGGGGUGGAGAGGUAGGGUCAGGCGCAGAGGUUUCAUGUUCUACGACAGGCCUGCAGUCACAACGUACAGUUAAAUUGACUUCCACUGCAAUGAGAGGGGCACAAUGGCCAGGAGGCAGGGAGGAGGGCGUCUAUCAGUCACAGAGAACAGCCAGAGCCGUGGUUUGGGGUGUCAUCAACAUAGGAAGACUAGGCGUGAUUGAAUUUGAUGUGUCCCCAGAUCAUGGCACAGAGGGAGACUGGGAGUGUUGGGGUGAAGGGUGUGUCCUGUUUAUUUUGUGAAUAAAGAUAGGGGGAAGUAAAGAGAGUGAUGAUUGCUGUAGAUUGUGAGCACUGCACAGUUUGAUUUUAAGUGAUCACAUUAAGUGUUGUGUUGGUGUAUGUAUAUUGAGAAGGUGAUUUUUCUGGUUUCUUACUUUACAGUGCCACAAACACAACACAAGACAGCAUGACCCAGCAGAACAUUUCAGAACACAGCUCAGUAUAGCACAGUAAAGCAAGGCACUUCACAGAGUGAAUCAAUAAAGCAUAAAUUGCAAUGAAGAAAAGAACAGUGUAGAAUACUAACAGCACAUUGUAAUUGUAUAUGAAAUACUCAUGAUCACGUUACCAUUGACCAAUUUAUACAGAAAAUACAAUGAGUGUACAAAACAUUAAGAACACCUUCCUAAUAUUGAGUUGCACCCCCUUUUGCCCCCAACAGCCUCAAUUCGCUGGAGCAUGGACUCUACAAGGUGUUAAAAGCAUUCCACAAGGAUGCUGGCCCAUGUUGACUCAAAUGCAUCCCAAAGCUGUGUCAAGUUGGCUGGUAGUGGAUCUCUACUCCGAAUAGCUCGUUCCAUCACAUCCCAUCGAUGCUCAAUUGGAUUGAGAUCUGGUGACUGGGCGCGCUACUGCAGUAAGCUAAAUUCACUGUCAUGUUCGUGGAACCAUUCCUGGACAAUCCUAGCCUUGUGGCAUGGGGCAUUACCCUGCUGAAAAAUCAAUUUGCAGAUGGAUACACUGCUGCUUUGAAGGGAUGCACCUGAUUGGCAAUGAUGUUCAGAUAUCCUGUGGCAUUCGAAUGUUGCUCCACUUUUAUCAAUGGGCCUAAUGUGUGCCAUGAAAACACACCCCACACCACCAGCCUGCGAUGUUGAAAUGCAGCAUGAUGAAUGCAUGUACUCAUGUGGUUUUCUCCAUACCCUAGUCCUCCCAUCAGCGUGAAACAGCAGGAACCGGCAUUCAUCAGACCAGACAAGGUUUUUCCCAUUCUAAAGUGUCCAGUGUUUUCGUUCCAUAACCGCAGUGGGACUUUGCAAGGUCGUCGGCUGCCAUACCCCAUUCGCAGGGGCGCAACUUUGGUUUUAGAAGUGGCCGUCUCUAUUUAGAACAACAAAAAGUAAGCAUGCCCCCAGUCAUCAAGCUAGGUAAGAGAUCAUUGUUAAAUACGUAUAUGUGAUUGAUAAGACUGAACUAGAUCAAAGCUAAUUAAAUAAUCAAUAUUGUGUUGCACCUUUAACUCAAGUGCAAAAAUCAAGUACAAAUACUUUUUUUGUCUUUAUUAAGACAUCCUCUAUAUCAAAUUUCAGACAGACUGCCCAGCCAGCCUGAGCCGCCUACACGCCCAACCCCCACCAGUCUAGUUAAUACCUCAACUCUCUCCCAACACAAUUUCCCCCCCCACUUAAAAAAAACCCACAUGCACCUACACAUAUGCAUUAACACGCAGAAACAGCAUAUCCUCCAUAUAAUAAUCUCCUAGGCCUAAUAGUAUUGUAGAUCUCUUUUUAAUUGCAUACAAUAUAGCUGGGUUGCCUCUUCCUGCCCCUAGGGGACCACUGCCCUGCAGCGCCCCAAUCCAACACACCCCACUCAGCUUUAGGAUCUUAGUGAAACAUUCAUUAUUGGUUUUGGGUGUGUUAUGCCAAGGCCAGAGUGAUAACCCAGAAGGACUGUAGACCUCCAGGGCCAGGACUGAGCAGCCCAGCAGCUAGGGAUUGCCUAAAUAAGUAUCUCUCCUGAUGUGGGCAUGUAAAAUAUGUAUGCACGCAUGACUGUAAGUCGCUUUGGAUAAAAGCGUCUGCUAAGUGGCAUAUUAUUAUUAUUAUUAUUAUUAUUUUCAAUACAGACUCCUUUUGUCAUACUUUAUUCCAUAUAAGGCAUCCAGACCUUAUGAAAGUUGCCCAGUAUACCCUUAAUCUUGUAAUAAAUCAAAUAUAGUGAUACAUAGCUUGGCAUUUCUGCCAUCCAUUAUGACAUUGUGGGAGGAUAACCAUGCUUCCAAUUAAAGUCAAUGUAUUCCUUAGAUGCUUGGUUACACAGUUUCGUUUGAUAACAGUCUCCAGUAUCAACAUUUACAAGCAAACAAAAUCAGGGAGAAGGGAGAAUCUGUAGACAUGCUGCGAUAAAAGACAUACUGCCAGAAUUCAGCCAGCCUUCACAAGACCAUAACAUAUGCAAGCGCCAUGCUCUACCAACUGAGCUACACGGGACUACCCAUCAACUCAAGAUGGAACUUUGUAUAAUUAGCUGAUAUUGUUAAUAUACUUUAAAAUACACCUGAGCUCGGUAGACUUGUCUUCCCUGACUGUCUGAUCCUGCUAAGACAUGACGAUUAUAGUGUUGUGUACUGACGGUGCACCAACAGCCUGUAGAGCUGUUUAUUACUGUGUCAGUGUGAAAUUAAGGGAAUUAGCUAGGGAAACUGACAAAUCAAUUACAUUACAUUGCUAUAUUGACUCUAAUAAACUCACAUUGCACAAAAAAAACGUCAGAAUUAUCGGUCUUCAAUCGCUUGGCCGCUGGUUUCAUUGUUUGAUUCAGGUCUAGUAUGAAUGAGGCAAAAAUAAUAACAUUACCUACUUUUGGCCAGCUCUCUCUCUAAUGGUACAUCAACUGGCGAAAGGUAGCUAAGUUCAUUUACUUCUGUUGAAACGGGACAAAAAGGCUACAAAACAUUUCCAUACAAACAACAGCUGUUAGAUAGUAAUAAUAGCCACCUCAUAUCACUAUUUGACAGAUAGCUACAGGCUAGAGCUGAACUGGCUGUGGUAGCUACUAGCUAGCUAAUUUAUUCACCUCAGUCAAGAUGGGAUGAAACAUUAGCAAGCUAACGUUACAUGUCAAUUACACUACUAGCCCAGCACUGGGAAUAAACAAUAUUUUAGUUUUUUUUCUUCUGUUAAGUUAAACAGCAAUUACCUUGCAAUCUACAUCAGUCAACUAAAGAGUAGCCAGUUUCUGUUCUGCUUGCUUUUACAACUCGGAGAAAGAGUGCAACAUAUGACUCAAGACAUUUCAGGUUUUCAUUUUUUAUUCAUUUGGACAUAUUUCUAUUAACAUAAUUCCACUUUGACAUUAUGUAGUAUUGUGAUUAGGCCAGUGAUGACAAAAUCUAAAUUGAAUCCAUUUUAAAUUCAGGCUGUAAUACAACAAAGUGGAAAAAGUCAAGUGGUGUGAAUACUUUCUGAAGGCACUGUACAUGGCUGGAACCAUCUGUUUGUAACUAGGGGAACUGUACAUUUAGCCAUUUGCAGUUUUCUCUCCAAUAGUUUCAACUGUUUUCGAACUAACUCUACAGAAUUAUACCACUUCCUUCUCUUUCUGUCCCUUUUCCCUCCCCCUGGUUUCUCAGAACUCUAGAUUUCCUGAUGAGUCACCUUGUCAAGAUGGCUUCUUAUUCCUCACACACCAACAUGCAUGCCCGGAACCUCGCCAUUGUUUGGGCUCCAAACCUUCUCAGGUGUGUGUGUUUAUCUACAUCUGCCACACUGUCAUGGAGACUGGAUAACUGUCUGUGUCUGAGGCCCAAACAGUGUGGUGAGUGUGUCUGUAUGAUGUAUGUUCUUUGUUUCUAUUACUUUGUCCUUUUGUUGCCUGUUUUUAUCUGUUGAUAAUUCCCAUUUCAACUAGUGAGACUUUACUAAAUGAAACCAGAGUGACUUACUGUCUGACUGUCCUUCUGUCUCUCAGGUGAGCUGUUCCAGUGACUGCAAGAUCUGUGUUUGGGACCUACAGAAUAGUCAGUGUGCAAGAUCCUGGGGAGAUCCUCCCUCAGUGCAGUCUGCUGCUUGGUGAGUCUAACAGCGGGAGGCAGUGGGGACCUCUAAUGGUACUAACUAGAUGGAUGGUGUGACAUUGUAGAAGGUGUUAAGGGGGAAAAAAACAUCUGUCUUCAGGGUGAGUUUGUGAUGGGUCUUCAGGUAAAAUACAGUAUGACAGUAAGUUCUGAUGUUUCUGUUAUCUUGAUUAUGUUGUCUUCGGAGGUCCGCAGGGGGAGUUUGUGAUAGCAGGCUGUGCCGAGGGGGAGCGGCACGUGUGGAAAUGGGAUUCAGGGAUGGAAAUCAGCAGGAUUUUAGCUCACAAGUCACACAUACACCACUGCUCUGUGCUACCUGACUCCGGUACUGGAUCUUCACUAAAUACAAACACACAUAAUAAUAUGAAUUGCCUUUUCAAAAAUACUAUGAUAUACACAUACCAUUUUGUGAUGUUGUAUAUCGUUUCUAUGUAUUUUAUGUUCAGACAAGACCAAGGAGACUAAGCAGGAGGAAAUGGUGGGUGCUACGGCAUCUGAUGGAACUGUGAAGCUGUGGCACCCCUUCCAGGUGAGAUGAAUGCAGUUUGAUCAUGAUUUAGGAUUUGAUUUAAAUAAGAUGCUUCAACAAUAACAUCAACCGAUAUGUAUAUCAAUAAAAGAUGUAGUGAUGCUUGGUCUGAUUGUCUCUUUGCCUCUGAUUCUAGGUACAGCAUUACAGCACCUUGCAAGGCCAUGGCGGAGUGAUACAUAGAGCAGUGUCAAAGCAGGAAGGAGUCCAGGCAUUCCUCACUGUGUCUGAAGAUCGGUCGCUGAGGUUAUGGAGUAUGAAAAAUGUAUGUACUCACUAAAUGUAAGUCGCUCUGGAUAAGAGCGUCUGCUAAAUUACUAAAAUGUAAAAUGUAAUGGAGCAUUGCUAUGGCAAUAGGUAACACAUUUAUUUAUCAACCUAAAUAAAUCGUCCAAUUUCCAUGCUUGUUGUUUUUUUGCUUAUUUUUAAAAAUUAAUUUCCCCUCUUUAUUCUUUCCUCCAGAGAGUCCUCCCAACCAGAGGGGCACUGUUACUGCUCUGUGCUUCUCCUAGAGUGGCGAUCUGCUGAUAUCUGGCUAUGAGUCUGGCAGAGUGGAUUUAUGGAAACACAACUAUGUAGUUGGCCACAAAAAGCUAUCUCCAUCCAGUAACGUCCAUUCAGGACCUUGUUUUGUUGGUGUGUUUAUCACAUUUUACAUUUUAGUAGACGCUCUUAUCCAGAGCUACUUACAGUAGUCAGUGCAGGGGCGGUGUGUUCAUUAGGGCGAUAUGGGCGACGCACUGCCAAACGGGAAAAGGAAGGGAUUUUUUUUCUAAUCAAUUAUAUCACGGCAACAGUAGUUAUGAGUGUUCUAAUCUAGACGUCUGAUCUGCCACUAAAUGUCCAAUCAGGCUAAAGUCGUGCUUCAAAUGCCCCCCCCCCCCCCUUUUGGGGCGAUUUCAGUCAGGUUGAAAAUCGCCCAGAAGUCUCUCAUAGACUCCCAUGUAAAAUCUAUUUUUUUCAAAUAUCAGAGCUUUCAAUACAAUCUCUAUGGGUUUCUGAGGGCUUGCACUUACGCGCUUUCGUCAUACGUAACAUAACCAUGAACGUAACUAAGAAAAGAGCGGGUAGCAGCGUCAUUCAAUUCACGUACUACUAUCAAGAUGGCUAUAGCGUUCAGUGCAACUCGAUUGUCUCUUUGAAAUAAGUUACUUUUUGUCGGCGAACAAAUCAAGAUAAAUUGGCAACGAAACAAUUAGGACCUCCCAGACCAAAUUUAAUAAUUCAACAGGUUUCUACUAAAGGCGGAAAGUCCUACACCCGAGGAUUUUCCAAAAAUUGGUACGAACGAAAAACCUGGCUAGCAGGCUGCGAUGUAGCUAAUGCAGUCUUCUGCUACCCCCUGCUUACUCUUUCACCCUGAAGGCGGCACGGCAGACAGCACCGCUUGGACAGCGACUGGUGUGUAACGGACAUGCACCAUCUUUCAGGAAAGAUUAAGAAACAUGAGCUGUCAAAGACCCACAUGGAUAGCUGUUUGAGAUUGUCUGCUUUGGGGAGAGUGAACAUUGCCACUCAACUGGAUGAGGGAUACAGGCUAGCUGUCCGCCGCCACAACGAUGAGGUUAGUGUUGAUAAUCACAAGUUUACUGGAGAACUGAAACUGACAAGGCUGACAAGAUAGGACCCUUUUGUCCAUUGUUAUUGGAUAGGAACAGAACUUAUAACCAGCUCCUGACCUAAAUAGAUCUUAGCACAACAUUUAUAUUUUCAUGCUGGUACCCCAUGUGAAUCAACCCCACAAACCUGGCGUUGCAAGCGCCAUGCUCUACCAACUGAGCCACACUGUGACUAACAAAACAGUUGGUUUAUCUGUGAUUUGCUUGUGUCUCUCAGGUGUCUGACAGUAGUGUAAAAGUGAUCUGCUCCAUGCAUGAUGGCCAGUUAGCUGCAGGCAGUGCUCUCUGACUGUGUUGAGGCUGGAGUGGAAUCCUCAGCACAAUGCUGCAAGGUCAGCUCUUGGCCCCUAUAUUUCAAGUUCUCACACCAUGGCAAAUGUUGAUAUUGGCACAAUUUGAUUGAAUUUAUAAGAAUUGAUCUACAUUUGCUGGUUGAAAAUGUUUGAAAUGUUCAGCAGUACAUACAGUAGAUUACAUUUUAGUCAUAAUGUUUUCUAGUACUCCUGCAAUGCCUGCUGGUAAAGACUGUCAUCAUUUUGUCCCUAGUCUGUUGAAGGUGUCUAUAUACUCAGUGUCUUCCCCAGUGAUGCACCUGUACUACUGCUCUAUCCUGCUGGGAACCUGUGAGGAUGGAAAUAUCAUCCGUGUCCUCGUUGACGCUGAUAGACAAAUUAACAAGUAAACCACACGCAGGCACACACACACAUCAUUAUGUAGUAAACCAGAUCUAGACUAAUAAAUACUGACUUGAAAUGUACAUAACUGAUUAAAUUGCAGUUCGAAGGAUGACACGCAAAUUCUUGGAAUGGUGGCCAACAAUGAAAAAAGCACUUGACUGCUGGGCGAGAAGAAAGGACAGGUUGUGCUUGGCUUCUUGGUGAGUUUACCACCAUCAUCAUCACCAACACAUUCAUCAUCAUCGUCAUUAUCAAUGACCACACUGCUGCUGUUUGGAUUAUUGUUUUGAUAUAAGUUAUAUUGGCGGAUGAUAAUAUGGUCCUAUCUGCCUUCCCUAGUAUGCCAUGGGCCAUAUGGUGACAUUGAGCUAGAAAUGGACAAGUCUAGUGGGGGAAAAGGUGGCUGGAUAACUGCAGUGACUGUGGAGGGAGGUACAGUAGCUGCACUGCACUGCAGUACAACGUCAUAACUCAUACACAUUUUGAUACAUCUUGUGAAUCAUCUGUAAACAAGUUGUUAUAUUAAUAAUGUAUUAACUGCAUUGUUAUUCUGUGUCCUGUCUCCAGAGUUGGUGGUGUGUGUAGAUUCCAAGGGAAACAUGCGGUUCAACCAACCACCAAACAUGAACUCCUGGCGCAGGAGGAAACCUGAAGAUCUCUCCCUUUUCCUCUGAUGAAACUGAUUUAUUUUUUUCAAUUAUGAUGAUUUUGAUGGAUCUUGACAAGGCACACAGUGACUCACCAACAGCACGAUCAUCUCGGCGUCCCAUGACAGAACUGUCCAAAUGUGGGACAGAAACACCAAGACACAGGUGCAUGUAAUUCUAACUCUUCAGUCUCCACACACUCAAAUAAUUUUUAUCAAGAAUGGAUGAGUAGUCACAGCAAUGCACUGUUUGUGUAUGUAUGUAUGCUUACGCUCUAUCUCUCUGUAUCUCUCUCCACAGGUGGGUGUGUUUGUGUGUGUGGGUACUGUUGUAGUCUUGGAGGUGAACAUGCAAUGCUCCAUUGAACUGGUGUGGGUGAUGCACUGGGCCAGCUCUACUUCCUCUCCUGGAGAGAAAUACCACCCAGUGUACACACAGUCAUUGUAUACACACUGUUCCAUUACAUAUGCAAUCAUAAUUCACUUACUCUCACACAGAUACAGUAUAUCAGUACUACUGUACGUUCAUGCAAAUUCUCAUGUAGCUCAAUCAACACAACUCACUAUCUUCUACACACUAUCUGAUAUGGAUACACUUUAUAGAUAAUACCUCUACUUAUGUAGCCUAUGUCAGUGGAGGCUGGUGGGAGUAGAUGUAGGACUGGCUCAUUGUAAUGGCUGGAAUGGAAUAAAUGGAAUGGUAUCAAACUUAUGGAAACCGCAUGUAUGACUCAGUUCCAUUUAUUGCAUUCCAGCCAUUACAAUGACCCGUCCUCCUAUAGCUCCUCCAUCCAGCCUCCACUGGCCUAUGUAUGUACCUUAAAAACCCUAAGCGAAGAACCUCAAUGUACACUACCAGUCAAAAGUUUGGACACACCUACUCAUUCAAGGGUUUGUCUUUAUUCAUUAGAGUUACCAGCCUCAGAAAUUGCACACUUUUUUGGUUACUACAUGAUUCCAUAUGUGUUAUUUCAUAGUUUUGAUGUCUUCACUAUUAUUCUACAAUGUAAAAAUGAAGAAAAACCCUUGAAAUAUACACUUCCAGUCAAAAGUCUUGACACACCUACUCAUUCAAGGGUUUUCUUUAUUUUUACUAUUUUUUACAUUGUAGAAUAAUAGUGAAGACAUCAAAACUAUGAAAUAAAACAUAUGGAAUCAUGUAGUAACCAAAAAAGUGUUAAACAAAUCAAAAUAUAUUUGAGAUUUGAGAUUCUUCAAAUAGCCACCCUUUGCCUUGAUGACAGCUUUGCACACCCUUGGCAUUCUCUCAACCAGCUUCAUGAGAUAGUCACUUGGAAUGCAUUUCAAUUAACAGGUGUGCCUCCUUAAAAGUUAAUUUGUGGAAUUUAUUUCCUUCUUAAUGCGUUUGAGCCAAUCGGUAGUGUUGUGACAAGGUAGGGGGGGUAUACAGAAGAUAGCCCUAUUUGGUAAAAGACGAAGUCCAUAUUAUGGCAAGAACAGCUCAAAUAAGCAAAGAGAAACAACUGUCUAUCAUUACUUUAAGACAUGAAGGUCAAUAUGGAACAUUUCAAGAACUUUAAAAGUUUCUUCAAGUUCAGUCAUAAAAACCAUCAAGCGCUAUGAUGAAACUGGCUCUCAUGAGGAUCGCCACAGGAGUGGAAAGACCCAGAGUUACCUCUGCUGCAGAGGAUAAGUUCAUUAGAGUUACCAGCCUCAGAAAUUGCAGCCCAAAUAAAUGCUUCACAGAGCUCAAGUAACACACACAUCUCAACAUCAACUGUUCAGAGGAGACUGUGUGAAUCAGGCCUCCAUGGUCGAACUGCUGCAAAGAAACCACUACUAAAGGACACCAAUAAUAAUAAGAGACUUGCUUGGGUCAAGAAACACAAGCAAUGGGCAUUAGACCAGUGGAAAUGUGUCCUUUGGUCUGGAGUCCAAAUUUGAGAUUUUUGGUUCCAACUGCCGUGGCUUUGUGAGACACGGUGUGGGUGAACGGAUGAUCUCCGCAUGUGUAUUUCCCACCGUAAAGCAUGGAGGAGGAGGUGUUAUGGUGAGGGGGUCCUUUGCUGGUGACACUGUCUGUGAUUUAUUUAGAAUUCAAGGCACACUUAAUCAGCAUGGCUACCACAGCAUUCUGCAGCGAUACGCCAUCCCAUUAUUUGUUUUUCAACAGGACAUUGACCCAACACACCUCCAGGCUGUGUAAGGGCUAUUUGACCAAGAAGGAGAGUGAUGGAGUGCUGCAUCAGAUGACCUGGCCUCCACAAUCCCCCGAACUCAACCAAAUUGAGAUGGUUUGGGAUGAGUCAGACCGCAGAGUGAAGGAAAAGCAGCCAACAAGUGCUCAGCAUAUGUGGGAACUCCUUCAAGACUGUUGGAAAAGCAUUUUAGGUGAAGCUGGUUGAGAGAAUGCCAGGAGUGUGCAAAGCUGUCAUCAAGGCAAAUUGUGGCUAUUUGAAGAAUCUCAAAUGUAAAAUAUAUUUUGAUUUGUUUAACAUGAUUCCAUAUGUGUUAUUUCAUAGUUUUGAUGUCUUUACUAUUAUUCUACAAUGUAGCAAAUAGUAAAACUAAGGCAAAACCUUUGUUGUUUGAAAAGGAAAUCAUCUCCCAAAUAUCACUAUUUCUAAAACAAGCCAUAGAAAGUUGGAUGCAAUUUCAAUUUAAUCCUCCAGAAACGACAGAACAAAUAAUGCAACAAUACCCCCUAAAAAAAGAAAGAUUGUGGUUAAACUCAAAUAUACUAAUUGAUAUAAAAAAAGAAAGAGGUAUAAUCUUCGUAAAUGAUAUCAUAGGUAGGACUGGUGGAGUUAUGUCACACAUGCAGCUAACAAAAACAUAUGGAAAUGUCUGCUCUACCAAAAAUUACAACCAAAUCAUUGCAGCAUUACCGCAAAAAUGGAAGAGGAAAGUGGAAGGGGGAAAAAGUAAGGAACUUGUCUGUUGGCCCUGCAUUAAAGACCAUAAUUGGUUAAAGAAAAUUGUGAUAAAUAAAAAAGGAUAUCAGUUUCAUUUAACGACCAAAGAUUGACAGCCAUCCCAUAUAGAUUGCAAAAUAGUUGGGAAGAGAUUUUUGACGUAUCGAUUGCAUGGCAAAUGGUUUAUAAACUGAUACGCAAAACGACGCAGGAUUCAAAAUGUAUAAUUUUUUAUUUAAAUUAUUAUACAAAAUUCUUGCUACCAAUAUAAUGUUAUUUAUAUGGGGGAUACAGUCUUUCCAGCUCUGCAGAUUUUGCUGCAAAGAGACAGAAUAAUUAGAUCAUUUGAUUUGGUACUGUCCAUUUCUAGCUUGUUUUUGGUCACAGGUCCAGGAAUGUCUGAAGGAUUGCAAUAUUUACCUGGAGCUAACCCUGCAGAUAAUAAUAUGCCAUUUAGCAGACGCUUUUAUCUAAAGCGACUUAAAGUCAUGUGCGCAUACAUUUUUACUUAUGGGUGGUCCCGGGGAUCAAACCCACUACCCUGGCGUUACAAGGGCCAUGCUCUACCAAUUCAGCUACAGAGGACCAUAGAUAGCACUACUGGUUGAUCUGAAAAGUCAUAGUCAAUCAAUCAAUAAUAUAAUAAUACUUUUAGCAAAAAUGUUUAUUUUCAAUUUGUAGAAACAAUUUUGUGAAACAUCACAGUACAGUUGAAAAAUAUAUUUCAAAUAGAAAUCCAAUAUGGAUGGUGUUAAGAGAUAGAUGGGAGGGGUUGAAUGGAGCUGAAGGUUGGGACUAAUAACAACUAAUAACAAGAAAAUGACUAAUGUAAAACAUACUGUGUCGAUAAUAAGUAUAUAAACUCAGCAAAAAAAAUAAACGUGCGUUUAUUUUCAGCAAACUUAACAUAUGUACAUAUUUGUAUGAAAAUAACAAGAUUCAACAACUGAGACAUAAACUGAACAAGUGCCACAGACAUGUGACUAACAGAAAUGGAAUAAUGUGUCCCUGAACAAAGUGGGGGGGGGGGGGGGGUCAAAAGUAACAGUCAGUAUCUGGUGUGGCCACCAGCUGCAUAAAGUACUGCAGUGCAUCUCCUCCUCAUGGACUGCACCAUAUUUGCCAGUUCUUGCUGUGAGAUGUUACCCCACUCUUCCACCAAGGCACCUGCAAGUUCCCAGACAUUUCUGGGGGGAAUGGCCCUAGCCCUCACCCUCCAAUCCAACAGGUCCUAGACGUGCUCAAUGGGAUUGAGAUCCGGGCUCUUCGCUGGCCAUGGCAGAACACUGACAUUCCUGUCUUGCAGGAAAUCACGAACAGAAUGAGCAGUAUGGCUGGUGGCAUUGUCAUGCUGGAGGGUCAUGUCAGGAUGAGCCUGCAGGAAGGGUACCACAUGAGGGAGGAGGAUGUCUUCCCUCUAAUGCAAAGCGUUGAGAUUGCCUGCAAUGACAACAAGCUCAGUCCGAUGACGCUGUGACACACCGCCCCAGACCAUGACGGACCCUCCACCUCCAAAUCGAAACCGCUCCAGAGUACAGGCCUCGGUGUAACGCUCAUUCCUUCGACGAUAAACGCGAAUCCGACCAUCACCCCUGGUGAGACAAAACCGUGACUCGUCAGUGAAGAGCACUUUUUGCCAGUCCUGUCUGGUCCAGCAACGGUGGGUUUGUGCCCAUAUGCGACGUUGUUGCCAUUGAUGUCUGGUGAGGACCUGCCUUACAACAGGCCUACAAGCCCUCAGUCCAGCCUCUCUCAGCCUAUUGCGGACAGUCUGAGGACUGACGGAGGGAUUGUGUGUUCCUGGUGUAACUCGGGCAGUUGUUGUUGCCAUCCUGGGGGGAGCUGUCUGCAAGGAUGCUGGGAGUGACGGCGCUCUGAGGUCCUGUCGGACCUAGACUAAACUCUCCUCUUUUUGUGUUUUUCAGAGUCAGUAGAAAGGCCUCUUUAGUGUCCUAAGUUUUCAUAACUGUGACCUUAAUUGCCUACCAUCUGUAAGCUGUUAGUGUCUUAACGACCGUUCCACAGGUGCAUGUUCAUUAAUUGUUUAUGGUUCAUUGAACAAGCAUGGGAAACAGUGUUUAAACCCUUUACAAUGAAGAUCUGUGAAGGUAUUUGGAUUUUUACUAAUUAUCUUUGAAAGACAGGGUCCUGAAAAAGGGACAUUUCUUUUUUGCUGAGUUUAGGUUAUAGGUUGAGAACUUUUGUGAAAGAGCACAGUUUGAAAGAUAUAGUGUCACGGAUCCCCCCGGUACUGCUGCUCAUUCCGUUCACCAGUUCCGGAGGUCUACGUCGCCGGCCUUUUAGGCGUCACUGACCUGGUUCAUUACCACCAACCCCCGGACUGUCUUGUCUCAUUACGCACACCUUGUUCCCAUUCCCCCUGAUUAGUAGGUGUAAAUACACACCACCGUUCAAAAGUUUGGGGUCAUUUAGAAAUGUCCUUGUUUUCGAAUGAAAAGCAAUUUAUUUAUCCAUUAAAAUAACAUCAAAUUGAUCAGAAAUACAGUGUAGACAUUGUUAAUGUUGUAAAUAGCUAUUGUAGCUGGAAAUGGCUGGUUUUUAAUGGAAUAUCUACAUAGGCGUACAGAGGCCCAUUAUCAGCAACCAUCAGUCCUGUGUUCCAAUGGCACGUUGUGUUUGCUGAUCCAAGUUUAUCAUUUUAAAAGGCUAAUUGAUCAUUAGAAAACCCUUUUGCAAGUAUGUUAGCACAGCUGAAAACUGUUGUGCUGAUUAAAGAAGCAAUAAAACUGGCCUUCUUGUUCUGAGAAAUGAAGGCUAUUCCAUGAGAGAAAUUGCCAAGAAACUGAAGAUAUCGUACAACGCUGUGUACUACUCCCUUCACAGAACAGCGCAAACUGGCUCUAACCAGAAUAGAAAGAGGAGUGGGAGGCCCCGGUGCACAACUGAGCAAGAGGACAAAUACAUUAGAGAGUCUAGUUUGAGAAACAGACGCCUCACAGGUCUUCAAACGUACAAAAUCAGCAGGGGAUCAAAUACUUUUUUCCCUCACUGUACUUCAGUAUACCAUAGUAACAUCUGACAAAAAUAUUUAAAAACACUGAAGCAGCAAACUUUGUGAAGACCAAUACUUGUGUCAUUCUCAAAACUUUUGACCACGACUGUAUAUACACGUGUUUGAUUUGGACUUCGUCCCCGUCGUUUUUCAUGACAUACAUUGUGUUGGGUGGAGAAAUAAAAAAAACUAAUACGUAUUCCUGUGCCUGUCUUCAAAUCAUUAUACAACGUGACCGAAUAAUCAACCCAUAAAAAUGGAGACAGAGGGAAAGGCCGAGCUGGCGACCAUCGUAGAGACCAUCGUCCAGCAUCACGAGGACUGUCUCUCUACAGACUCGGCAGCACCAUGGACAGCGUGCUGGCAACCAUCCUGCGGUUGGAGGGGAAAGUGCAGUCCCUCCAGUCUCCAGCACCG